AUGACCGUAAAUAUUAGCUCUUCGAGUGAGUGGCAGCGCAUAUUAGGGUCUUCGACCAUCGUGGUCACAGACUUCUACGCCGACUGGUGCGGCCCCUGCAAAAUGAUUGCGCCUACCUUUGAGUCGCUAGCAACGAAAUAUUCCAAGCCUGGCAAGAUCACCUUCUGCAAAGUUAACGUCGAUAAUCAACAAUCCAUCGCUCAAAGCCAUGGCGUGCGCGCGAUGCCGACCUUCCUCAUCUUCAAGAACGGAUCCGUGAUCGAAACGAUCCAGGGCGCGAACCCUCCAGCCCUAACUUCCGCUGUCGACAAGGCUGUCAAGUUGGCUACCGUGAGCGCACCAGGCGCAUCUUUCACUACACCCGGAAGAACACUAGGAGGCAACUCGUCUUCUUCUGUCACACCGACGAGGCGAGGUGGUCAGUCGCUAGGCGGUCAGCCGUGGAAGUUUAGUCCUUUCAAUAUCAUCAAUGCUAUUCUCACGUUCUUCGGACUUUACUUCGUAUCGCUCUUCUCAUUUGAUCCCUAUAAAGCGGCUGAAAGGUCACAAUUCAAUCUUAAUAAUCCGGGGGCACCGCCGGCGCCGAUCGGUAUUAAGGGCCAGAAAGUUGGUGGACAAGGCAGCUCUGCUCGACCUAGUGGGGGGGUUAGGACACUGGCUGAUCUUACUAAGUAA